AUGGAACGGGCUAAAAAAAUGGUGCUGAUUUCCGCGGAUAAUCUCGAAAGAAUGCAACAACGAAUGACGGGGGAAAAUACCGCUGCUAAUACCAUACGCACUCCCGGAACCGUGCUCUUGCGUCUCGACGCGGAGAUGAGACGUAUUCUCGAUUCCCUUGUUGAUGAAGGUGAAAAAUGNAAAUUGUACAGCGAAAUCACAUGGAACGAACGCGGCAUCGUGACCAAGAGUCCAGAAUUAGUGGGAGCGAAUAUUGUGGAACUCGAGGAAAAAGUACAAAGCGCAAAUCUCCGCAUAGCAUUGAACAAGAAGAAGAAGCCGAAGAAGAAGAAGAAGGAUGAGAUUACCGCGCCACCGACAAGAACAAGAAAAAGAUACGAAUCGGGAUUCCGAGACGGCUGCUCACGUGGAACGAAAUAUGCUUACACGUUACAUCGUCCCGUGCGGCGAAAGUUUCCCCGACUGCAUUACAACGUGACGAAUAUCGACGAUCUCUGGGAGGCUGCUUUGAUAGAAUUGCGAAAUUUGCAAAGCUAUAACGACGGAUAUUGCUAUCUACUGACAGUUAUGGACGUGCUCAGCAAAUUCGUGUGGGUGGAACUGUUGCGAGACAAAACAAGUGCUCAAGUCCUUCGUGCGUUUCAACGCGUGCUCUCGAGAAGCGGACGAAGACCCGUAUAUCUGCAAACCGACAAAGGUAAAGAAUUUAUCGCGCAUUCGCUGCAAAAAUUUCUCAAGGAAGAAGGAAUUCGUUUCCGCGUGGCACGUAAUCCCGACUUUAAAGCAGCUGUGAUCGAGCGUUUCAAUAGAACGCUAAAAGAGCGCAUGUGGCGCUACUUCACGCACAAAAACACGAAACGUUACCUCGAUGUCUUGCAGGAUAUUGUGCACGCGUACAACCAUACGCCGCACUUUUCCAUACGCAUGAAACCCGCGGAUGUUACGGUGGAAAACGCGAAUAUUGCGCGCAAAAACACGUGGCAUCGUUGGAACAAACAGCGAGCAAAAGCAGCUAAAUACUACGUCGGCGAUCUCGUACGUGUCAGUAAAGCGAAAGCCGCCUUUGAGAAGGGAUACGAGGCCAAGUGGAGCAAAGAGAUAUUUCGAAUUCAUCGUGUUCUCGAGUGGCGAAAUCCGCGCGUUUACGAGCUGAGUGAUUUAGCGGAUGAGGUUAUAGACAAAAUUUUCUACGAGCAAGAACUGGCUCCUGUUGUUAGAAACCUACAAAAAGAAACUUUCAUCGUUGAUCGGGUGAUAAAGAGCAAAGGUCGGGGACGUAAUAGGCAACUGCUAAUCAGUUGA